CGUCUCAUUCCUCCUUCUGCCGACGCCUGGGACACACCUCAGCAGCCAACUGCAGGAACAUGUCUGACUUCUCGGAAGAUCAAAUCCUUGAGUUUAAGGAGGCAUUCCUGCUGUUUGACAAGACAGGAGAUGCGAAGAUCAGUUUUGGCCAGUGUGGUGAUGUUAUGCGGGCCUUGGGACAGAACCCUGUUAAUGCUGAGGUGCUCAAGGUCCUGGGCAACCCCAAGGCUGAGGAGAUGAACAUCAAGAUGCUAGACUUUGAACAGUUCCUGCCCAUGUUACAGGCCAUUGCUAAGAAUAAAGAUCAAGGCUCCAUGGAGGAUUUUGUUGAGGGACUACGUGUCUUUGACAAGGAGGGCAACGGCACAGUAAUGGGAGCAGAGCUCCGCCACGUCCUCACCACACUAGGUGAGAAAAUGACAGAGGAGGAAGUGGAGACACUGUUAGCGGGACAUGAAGAUGCAAAUGGCUGCAUCAAUUAUGAAGGUGAGUGCCAAAACAAACUCGAUCACGAUUGGAUUUUUGCUUUAAUUAGGCUGAUGGUGUUCAAGCGUUCCAUUGCAAUAAAUCAGAAAACUGCUCAAUGUGUAAUCAUUAUACACAAAAGGUAACUAACUAUUAUCACCAUUACAUCAUCGACACAUGAGCUCUUGUUUGUCUGUGGAUCAAGUUUUUGGACUAAAAGCAGUUGGCUUGUAAAUUUACACUGCAGUGGUUUCCACAUUUUCUUUUACUUUUUUACAAAAAUACAUUCAUCUCAGGCAAGUGGACAACGCUUCACCUCUCGCUCUGGUAUUUAUUUAUAAUUUCAUGUCCUG